UAUUUUCCCUCUCCCUGCCUGAGAUGUUUAGAUAAAAUGUCGCGAUGUUUGUCACGUCUCAAUACCUGUUCGUUAUCACUGAGUGAAAUUUUUCGUAUCGGCUCGGGACUCAUAAUCUGCCAAUGAGUAGUUCCAUUUUUUUUACAACUCAGCUAUGACAUAUUUCAAAUCAUUUGUGAUUCAUAAGUGUCGUUGGAUAAUUCUUUGAAGAAAAAAGAGUUAAAUCGAUGACAUACGCUAUCACAGUUGAGAUUUUGUCGUUAUCUCGUCAAGGGUAUAGUUUGAGGCCAAAGUCUUUUUUUUUGAAGUACUUGAGUCAUCAUAUCUUGGAGAAUAUCCGAUGGCAGGUAUUCAACUCGUGGUGUAUCAUUUGCGAAAAAUGUUUAUAUGCAGGAAAAUAUGGGUGUAUAAAUCAAUCCGCAAUUCUGCAUUACUUAAAGUGUCAAGUGACGUGCGAUGAAUGGAGAAGUUCAAGGGAAUCGUCGUGGGUUUUUCCUAGUGAAGGCUUAUGGUGAUAUCGCACCAAUCACCUGUUGUCUAGCAUAUGUUCCAAUUAGCAAUGAGAGCAUGCUCGUGUGAAUCCAGUGCAACGAUGACAAACUGCCUGAUAAGACUUAGAAUUUCGUCAUGUUUGUCGAAUCAUUUACCAGUUGUAAUUUUUUUAACCGGGUGGCAUCUUCAUCCGGUUUACCUAAUCCUUCUUUUCAUUUCAUGUGUGACAAAAUGAUAAUUGAUUCGGCACUCACUUCAUAUCUUAUCGUAUUAAUAUUGCAUCAAAACCGAAAAUGAUUAUUUUUUCCUCGAAACUAUCCGGUUAUGGGGAAAAAUCUCCAGAUAAAAUUGUGUCAGCUAUCGUAUCGUUUCCGUCGACAAUAUUAAGAAAGAGCUGUUAAUACCCUUGAGUUUGUCUGUGUUUAUUCAUGGCAUCAACAUCAAAUUGGAAGAAUGACCUUCAACAAAAUCAUGUUGACGAUAAAAUGAUAUCAGAUGAGAGUAAUUCUCUAGUGGAAGCUAUUUCUAUUCUCGAAAAUAAAAUGGAAAUCCUGAGCAUGAAGCGAAGAUUGGGAAACGCUUCGUUAGGCAACCUUGAGAGAAUAAGUCGAGAAUUCCAUGAGCUCACGAGGAAAUUCAUGAAGUUAAAGGAAAGUGAAAAAACCGUUGAAAAAAAUAAUCAUCAGAAGCGGAAAAUAAAACUACUGAAUAAAUUGACUCAAACGGAUGACGAUCCGGUUCGCAAACUAUCCGAUGCAAAAGUCAUUAUUGCCAACUGUAUGUUACGACUUCUCGAAAUCAAUCAUUUAAUCGAUGGCAAUGAUUUUGAAUCUGCUGUCAUACGAAAGCUGUUGACAGAUCAAUGUUUCGACAAUUCUCAAGAUAUUUUUAAUAUUCAAAGUCUAUCAGUUGGUCCUGUGAGUGAAGUUUCGUCAACCUAUUUUCUCAAAUAACGAGUUCAACAUAACUAUUAUAUU